AUGUCUCCAAGUGGGAGGCAGAGAAGAGGGAGAAGGCCGCAAAAGCGCGGGAAGAUCUCCGUCAAAUCUCGCGCCAGUGAUCACAGUUUGGUCAAGAAGACCGUCUCUAAGGAUCACCUGAAGGAUUACAAGCAACACUGUGGCACUCUGCGUCGUCUGUUGCCAGCUCCCACUCUGCUUCCCGCACUCGCAGCUGUCCUCGCGCAGAAAGCGACUUCUUAUCUUCGUGAGGAUAUUCACAGCGACUAUGGGUUGUCAUGGUAUAUAUCGAUGCUGGCUUUCAAGGCCACCAUUCUUGGCAUCAUUGAGGAUGAGCUGGAUCAGAGCGAUCCGAAUGUCACUAUUUGGCAUGCCCGAAUGGAUGCCACCCCAACGGCGUUUGCUGCAUUAAGCAAACGUGGAGAAACCACUUCGGGGUCAUCCCCACACUGGACCACACACCUGUACGGCGGAGCUGCAUUUUUGUGGGGCCUGCAUGGCCUCAUCAUGCAACAAGCAGCCCACAGGCUCAACGUCACCAAGUGGGAGGAAGAGAAGAAAGAGAAGGCCGCUAAGGCCGCAGAAGAGACGCAACUCCAAAAAGAAGUGCGAGCACUUCGGGGGCAAGUCUCGGCCCUCACAGAGAGGAUAGUAGCCCUUGAAAGCGCAAAUGCCGCGUGA